GACACAAAGUGGGAGGAGGGGCGAGAGAAGUCUGAAAAUGAAGGGCGGCCGUGCGGGGAGCAGGGCAGUGUGUGCACUUGUUGAGGCGGGCAGUUAGCGAGGGUUUAGCUGUCGUGAGAAAGGCUCGCCAUUAAUCUCUUCACUGCGGUACACAAGCCUCGCUGCGGGACUCGCGUGUCGCUUUCACUGUCAGUGCAGACGACAGCAGGUGACACUAAUAUUUGGAGAAACUAAACAACACAAAGUUUAUUUCUCCACAGUCAUGCUGUUUACACCUGGGAGUUUUCUUGACUAGUACCUGUGAAACUUCCCUGGAUUGCGCAACUGUAGGUGUGGUGUAGACCGUUGGUGAGUGUAGAAGUCGUCUGCUCGUCUGGAAGAGAAGCGGGUGACGGUGCCGUAGGUGUGUGAUACCGUCUGCUGCCAGGUGUUUCAUCGACUUAUUCUGACAUCCUGCUUUCCUUCCAGUCAAUGGCUGUCGUCGUGUGCUUGAGGCGCGGUGUCGGGGGAAGUUAGACAUCGAAAGACCGCGAUUUGCACGGACGAGAAACCAGGGAAGGCGACAGUCCUUGUGACAAAUAAUGCGACAAGGUCUGACCACGUGACACGAUGACUGGCUGGUGCCUCCACUUCGCCUGGCUGUGCCUCACAGCCACUUUCUUCGCACCAACGGUCACAGGAGAUUCAUGCAGGCCUUCCUUUGGGUAUGAAACCUUCCCGAAUAUACGAGAAGACACCAAAGUGGGCAAUGUGCUGCUCGUUGUGGACACUGGCAAUGACUCGGUCCUGUCCGUGGAGACAAACCUGUCUGCCACACCAUUCGACUUCGACAAUCAGACGCGCGCGCUGUCGCUUCGCAAGACCCUCGACAGUGAAUACGGCGAGCAGACCUUCAGAAUCAUCUUUAAGUGCAAGUUACAGGGCCUGCCGGACUCAGCAUCUACGAACAUCGGCGUGACCAUCUCCGUCACGGACGUCAACGACAACCCACCUGUCUUCACACAGUGCUGCUACAACCUUUCGCUGGGCGAGAUGACCAGAGUCAACACCACCUUCUCUACAAGCAUGAGGGCGACAGACGCAGACAAAGACUACAGCAACAACGCCAUCUACUACAGCAUCCUCCCAGGUCCUUACUCGAAUUACUUCUCAUUACUGGACAGAAUGAAAAUCAAUGAACUGCGGUUGGUGCGGCAGCUGGACUAUGAGUCUGUCCCUAGUAUGACCAUCACCAUACUGGCCGUGAACGAUAUGAGCGACAUCCGCCUCAACUCCACAGCAGACGUGACCAUCACCGUGGUGGACGAGGACGACCAGAACCCUGUCUUCAACCAGACUAUUUACCAGGGAUAUGUGCAAGAAAAUGCUUCAAGGGGUACCAUAGUUACCAUCACACCACCCAUGUUUGCCUAUGAUGCAGACAAGACCAUCAACUCGCCAGUCACAUAUUCUUUUCAUGACGGACAAGACCUACUUAACGGUUUUCAAAUAAACCGAACAACAGCGGAGGUCAGAGUUGACUCCCCCAUCUCCGCUACCACAGUGUCAAUUGUGGUGCAGGCGACGCAGGUGGACAACCCGACUCGCUAUGGGGUGGCCAUGCUGGUGGUCACUGUGCAGGGGGCCAGCCUCAGCGCCCCGCAGUUUCUACAAACACCUUUUUCGCCCAGGUGUCCGAAGACAGUCCGGUCGGCACUCAGGUGCUGAUGGUGGUCGCCAUCGACAAUGACUUUGGAGCACAGAUUAAGUACAGUAUUUUGAACAGCAGUCUACCGUUUAAUAUAGGAUCUGACAGCGGUGUGAUAACUCUGUCUGGCUUCCUGGACUACGAGACAAAGUCUCAAUAUUUCUUCAUUGUGUCAGCUUCAGAUGGUGUGAAGAGUUCCCAGGCCACAGCCAACAUCUCUGUGAUAGACAUCAACGAUAACACCCUUCAAUCAUUUCCAAGAACCUGUCAUUUCAGGUGCCAAGAGAAAAGGGGGCUCUGGUGACCACUCUACAGGCGGAGGACAAGGACGCCAACACCAGGCUGAGUUUCGCUCUGCAGAACUACAAAGGUCUGUUUUCUAUUAACGACUUCGGAGUGAUCCAGGUGGCAGCGGAGCCCGGUAACCUCACCGACAACUUCUACAACCUCUUGGUGGAGGUCAGCGACAACGGCAGGCCUCCCAGGUCAAGCUUCGCAGUCGUCAUGGUGGAUUUCUCUCCCACCUUCCUCGAGUCCUCUUCACUGCCACCGGAGGUUGCAACCUCCGAGUUUAAAUCCGUCACCAUAGCAAUGGUGGUUGUGGCCGCCAUCUUGUUAUUAACUAUCGCCAUACUGAUAGUCUUUAUUUGCAAGCGACGUCGCCGUGACCGAGAGCAUCUGGACAAGCCCAAGCUGACCCGAUCUCCUGACCCUAAGGGGUUAACGUUCAAGCAGCCAAAGCGAGGUGCUUUUCAACCUAUGGACAUCUGCAGCCAGCUGGAAGCGCAGCUAGAUGGCACCACCCCCGCUCAGGAGGAUCACAUAAUACGGGUGGCGCACUUAAUCACGGCUUUGUUCAAGAUGAUGAUCGUGAAGUCGACAGAGACAUGGGCGAAAUCCAAAUCGAAACAGCUGUCAUUCCAUAUGGCAAUGACCAUCCCAGCAACAUCUUCUACCAUCAAGAGGACUCCAGUGAGUACGAUGACACUCUGCCCUCAAAACACUCGAUCAUGAACGGUCUGUACACCCACGUGGACAGCAUCGGCAGCGGCAGCCUGCGCUCCGCUCUCAGCGACGGUUCUGACGACUACGACUACAAUCCCGUCAUUCCCCGAUAGCCAGGACAGGAGAAGCGACAACAGCGACUACGCCUUGCCGUUGGAGAGCUUGGAUCCUGCUGUCAGCGUACAGCCACGAGAGGAGAAACAAGAACUGACUGUCUACUUCUGAAGCCGGCCAGCCAGCCAACCAGCUGCAGCAGAUUCUCAGACAUGAUCGGACCUUUAGUAAAGUGAACCUGAGUUUGACACAAUGUGAAUAAACACAAUUCUACCUGGCGAAGCUUAAAUCACACAAAGCAUUGUUCAUUUGGGAAAAAUUGCGACUUUCCAGUUCAUUGCAGCUAAAGAACUGAUAAACAACAACACAAACACCCUGACAGGUGACGAUGAUACAGAUCAGCGGAUACACACGGAAUUUCUGUCUGGAUUGGAAAUCAUUCUUACUGAAGAGCAGGACAGUGGUGUUUGAAAACACUUUGCGUUGUUUUUUUUUCUUCCUUCAGCAAGAGAGAAGUGCAACAUUUUACUACUAAAUGGAAUCUCGACAAAUACUGAAAGUAUUGACUUGUAUCUUUGUAUUCAACUCUCAGUCUGCGGAUCACAAUUCACUGGGCCUUCACACCCAGAAUUACUUGCCUUAGUGACUCGGGAACGGUGCAAGGCAGUUUUUUUUUCCUCAUGUAAUGUGAGAUUAAUAACUCAAAAUUUAAAAAAAAAAUUGCCGACUCUUGUUUGUGCCUUUCCACAUAGAAAAAAAAAAAAAAACAAAAAAAAUGUGCAUGCAAAGGAGAAAAAAGUAUCCAUAGAAAUCACCUGCAACCAUUCAUAGCCACUCACUUGACCCUCAUGCGCUGUAGUCACCACUCACCACUCACCACAAGGCUAUAAAGUACUCACUUUGCAGACCACAGAACAACAAACUCCAACUGCCUGCCAGAACUUUCUGAGUAAAAUACAGUGGGGGGACCUCUUUCUUUUCUCUUAGGGUUGUUAUUUCCCGUCAGGGACCUACAGCGUCAGUUUUCUCCCCCUGCUCGUCUUGUCGGAUCCUUCUCAUCGUCCUCCACUUUGCCUUGUGAUAUAUUUCCUCUGCAGUUGUCCACUCCCAUCGACCUCUGCUGAACAACAAAUGUGUUUUACCUCUUCACUGAACAAUCCACAAAAUGUGUUUCUUAGUGCAGUUAUGUGCUGCUUGCUAUUUGGUGUCUUUAUGUGUGGGUCUGACUUAUUUUUGUUUAACUACAUAAAACUUUGAGCCGCCUUUCAUGGUCGGGUAAAAUGCUCUAUGAACACACAUUGUCGUCGUCGUAUGAAAAUCAAAUUAGGGAGUUAGGUCUUCAGAUCACACAAACGUUUUUUUGAGAAAAAGGACUAUUUUUCACCGUGACAUGCAUUUUGGUUGAUCUGAACCCAACGAAUCUGUUAUUUGAAUAUCUCUUUGUCCAUAUACACCUUCAUUUCCACUUGACGGAAGGACUGCAUGCUGUCACGUGCACGCCCACACCUGUUCUGUUGCCCAUGUGUUGACUUUUUGUUGAUCGGCAUUUGCUGUUUCAUCAUGUACAUACUUUUGUUGUAUAAUCAGAACUCUACUGAAGUACUCAUCCCAAUUCUGUUUUCUUUCUUUUGUAUUUAUUUGCAAUGUAUAUAGUAGAACUAACCUUUUGAUUCAGUGAAAAAUAGUUUGAACUUUCCAGGAAUGUAAAGAGAGGUUUAAAGAAGUUAUAAAAGUAAUGAAAUAGCAUGUUUCUGGGAUCACUGCAGGCACCAUGGGCAGCAGGUAAAGUCUGGAAGUCACUGAUACUCCACCUCCAACACUUGUUUUGUGUUCACUGGACAGUUGAGCAGCAAAGUACAGAUCUUCCCUGAAGUUUGUGUUCAAAAACCAAAACAAAUGUUCUUGAGGUCCUAUUAGCCUCUGAAACCGUUUGGAAACAUAGACUAAUGUGUUUCUAAUGUGUAUUUGUACAGCUGAAGACAUUUCACUUAACCGUCAUGCACCUGUGUGUUAAUUCUUGUCUGCUUGUACGCAUGCGUGUAAUUGCUAACGUGUGUGUGUGUGUGCGCGCACCGGUCUCCGUGUGAGUAUUUAUGCACCUAUGUGUCUGUGUGCGUGUGAGACUUUGUAGAGUGGCUUUAACUGAAAAUUAAAGGUGGGACUUGACAGGAAACUUUCACUGUGAUUAUUGCAGAUAAAUCAAAAAUGUUUUCAGUUUUUAUGUUUGUUCUCGCAAAAAUGUGUACAAAUAAUGCAGAACAUAAAACUGUAAACCUAAAAAUAAACAAA